AUGCAAAUCUUCGUCAAGACCCUCACCGGCAAGACCAUCACUCUUGAGGUCGAGUCCUCCGACACCAUCGACAACGUCAAGAGCAAGAUUCAGGACAAGGAGGGUAUCCCUCCGGAUCAGCAACGCCUGAUCUUCGCUGGCAAGCAGCUCGAGGACGGCCGCACCCUCUCUGAUUACAAUAUCCAGAAGGAGUCAACCCUUCAUCUCGUUCUCCGUCUCCGUGGCGGUAUGCAAAUCUUCGUCAAGACCCUCACCGGAAAGACCAUCACCCUCGAAGUUGAGUCCUCCGACACCAUCGACAAUGUUAAGUCGAAGAUUCAAGACAAGGAAGGCAUUCCCCCGGACCAGCAACGCUUGAUCUUUGCAGGCAAGCAGCUCGAGGACGGCCGCACUCUUUCUGAUUACAACAUUCAGAAGGAGUCGACUCUUCAUCUUGUUCUCCGUCUCCGUGGUGGUAUGCAAAUCUUCGUCAAGACUCUUACCGGCAAGACAAUCACCCUCGAGGUUGAGUCAUCCGAUACCAUCGACAAUGUCAAGUCCAAGAUUCAAGACAAGGAGGGUAUCCCACCUGAUCAACAACGUCUUAUUUUCGCCGGCAAGCAACUUGAGGACGGCCGUACCCUUUCAGAUUACAAUAUCCAAAAGGAGUCUACACUGCACUUGGUCCUUCGUCUUCGUGGUGGCAUGCAGAUCUUUGUGAAGACUUUGACUGGCAAGACUAUUACAUUGGAGGUUGAGUCGUCAGACACAAUUGAUAAUGUCAAGUCCAAGAUCCAGGAUAAGGAGGGUAUCCCACCGGACCAGCAGCGAUUGAUCUUUGCUGGUAAGCAAUUGGAGGAUGGGCGUACGCUGAGCGACUACAACAUCCAAAAGGAGUCGACUCUCCAUUUGGUACUUCGUCUUCGUGGUGGUCAAUAG